AGAGAGUGAUGGGAUGAGAGAAAUAGAGAGAAAAAAGGUUUCUAAGAAAUCACCGAGGUGACGAGAUCCACCGCCCUGGCUGAACCCAUCCCCUUUUUCCACUGUAUGAAAACUGACCUUCUUGCCUUCCUGAGCCACCGCUCUUGUUCGAUUUAGGUUUUUUUUUUUUUUUCUCGAUUUAUAUUGGUAUUGAAUUUCAUCAGAGAAUCCCUGAAUUCUUAACCUGCGGCUACCCUGGUUUAGUUCUAAUCUCCAGUCUGAUUUCAUAAUCCAUCUGAGUUGAUUCUACACAUCAGAUUAGAGCAAGACUUUGGGGCAUUCAAGGCCUCCCCAAGUGAAAUCACCGAGGUGACGAGAUCCACCGCCCUGGCUGAACCCAUCCCCUUUUUCCACCUUAUGAAAACUGAUCUUCUUGCUUUCCUGAGCCACCGCUCUUGUUCGAUUUAGGAUUUUUUUUUUUCUAAUUCUCGAUUUAUGUUGGUAUUGAAUUUCGUCAGAGAAUCCCUGAAUUCUUAACCUGCGGCUACCCUGUUUUAGUUCUAAUUUCCAGCCUGAUUUCAUAAUCCAUCUGAGUUGAUUCUACACAUCAGAUUAGAGCAAGACUUUGGGCAUUCAAGGCCGCUCCAAGAGAGAUCUUCUACCAUGGUUUGAAGAGGAUCUGACUCUGAUCUGUUGCUAUUAAAAAUCAGUUUAUAUUGCUUGCCAUGGACUGAUUUUUUUUUUUUGUGAGCUUUUACUUUUCUUUAUUGGUAUACUUUGUAGUUUUUAUUCGUUGAACCUUGCUUAAAGAAGAUGUGGGAGUAUGCUAACAAAUCUGGCAUGAAUUGUGGGACUAUUAUGUUGAUAAUUAGUUGAUAGAGUCAGUAGGAAAAACAAGGGGAGAUCGAUUCCCUUGGAUUGUAAGGGAUUGAUUCAGGAGAGUCACUACGGUUGGUGUGAAUAUUCUGAUUGAAUAGCAUUGUUGGGAAUAGUGGGGCACAGGGCAGAGUCAGGUUCGUCGGGGUCAAAAGGCCUUUGAUUAAGCUCCUCCUCAAUAGGUACACACACUAGCUUUAUAUCCAGCCAAGUCUCCUGGAGUGGAGUUGGGUUGAUUUGCUUUUAGACCUUAAUACUGUUGUACAUGAUGAUGACUCCUAUUUCCUUUCAAUCCCUACUAUUUCUAAUUAGUAUGCUUAGGUUUGCAUUCAUAUAUUUAUUAUACCGGGUACUACUAGCUACUGGGCUACAGUUUAAUAUUCCAGGUUUGCUUUCAUUGUGCGUGUUUCUGUGUAUUCCACAGUUGAUGAUGGAAACAUGGAUGGCAAGGAGGAGCCCAAAAGAUGUAAACUGGUGGUAGCAGAGGGGUGGGAAGCGAUUAUAUCAUGCAAGGUGAAGGGGAAAGAGACUCAAAUCACUUAAUCCUUGUUCUCUUGAGUACUACACAACAACCUGCAGGGGUGCCAACCACCGACCUGGCAGGUGCCUUCACAAUGCCAGCACUUUGAUUAUGCAAAUAAACUGGAGUAGUGUUUUCAUGAACUGCCAUACAAGCUGAUAAUAAGGUUGGCCAAUCAUUUAUUCCAUACAUGAUUGCAAAGAAAUCUGUCAAAUACAGAAAGGAUAGCCACACAAAUUCUGUACUUGGCCUUGCUUGGAAAAAAGAAUUCAGGAAUGUACUGGCUAGUGCAAGUGUGGACAAUACUGUUAAAAUUUGGGAUGUGGCAACAGGCAAAUGUGACAUCACAAUGGAACACCAUACAGACAAGUUUGGAUUUCCUGAGGUAGGGGGUGUGUGCACAGAAAAGCCAACAAUAUAUGGGUUCAAGCAGUUGCAUGGAAUCAUCAUGUGCCACAAGUUCUUCUUAGUGGAUCUUUUGAUCACUCAAUUGUCAUGUAUCUUGACAGUGGAGGCUAAGAUGACAUACAGACCUCCCAUGCUGUACAUGUGUUACGUGAAGUGGUUGGUACCAAAGUAGAAUGGUGAAUGAUGAAAGUCGAGAAAUAUGAUUAAGUUAACAUCUGUCAAUUGACUUUAGGUGUGAUGUAGGGGAUUUCCUAGACAACUAAGGUCCCUACAAGAGUGACUCAAUUAGGGUAAGACAAACUUAAGGGGGAUGUUGGGGUUAGGUUGGGAUUAAGAUAUGCUCAGCAAAACAAGAUUCAACAUACAAUAAAUAAAGACAAAUCAACAUGUAGCCAGGAGCAAUAUCAAUCUAAGCGGAAAAACACAUAAAAACUUACUUAA